UUUAAUGUAUUCUGUCUAUAAUCGUCAGCAUUGACGUGGCUUCUCAAGCAAAAAUAAUAAUAUCAAUAAUAUGGAGAGUUUGUGAUGAUUUUCUGAGCUUGGCAAGUAUCAUCGCGCAUGUGCUUCCCGCUUCUGCACCGAUCAAGUAGCACAGGUCGAUCAAACGGAAUACAUGACUACGCUGCGAGGACCGUGUGUUAAGUGAUAGUGCAUUUAACUGACCUCCAACAGCGGGAAGUCAAAUGAGAUAGUGAUUUGGACAUUAAUGCUCUUGAAGUACUGGAAACGCGAGGACGAUUAAACCAGCAAGGGUUGGUGACAUGGAUUUAAUGCAACUUUGUAGCACACCAAUGUGUUUUGCAAUUGGGGAACUACCAGAUAUUUUAAUGUGAUAACCAGCAGCCGUCGUACUUUCAUCAUCUCUCCUUUCUCACCCUGUGAAACAACACGAAACCAAAUGGAAGUUUUUUGGAGAGCACAAGUUAACAUGUUGCGUGUCUGCACCCUGCAGUCAAUUGUGAUACUUCUUGGAGUUGCAGACGGUCGACUGCUGGACGGACUCCCGCACUUCCCGCCCCCCUCCUACCUGCCCGUCAACUUCACCCUCCUCCAUGCCGACUCCGCCUUCUUCCUGAAGGAGGCCAACCAGGACAUCAUGCGCAACUCCAGCCUGCUGUCGCGCACCGAACCAUUCGUAGUGUUCCGUGCCCGCCGCACGCCCAUGGUCAACGCCACCUACGGGCCGCUGUCGGUCAGCCAGCCCGUCGCCAUGGAGCUCCUGCAGCCCUCCGGCUCCGUGUUCCCCUCUUCCUCGUCCUCCUCCUCCACCUCUUCCUCCUCCUCAUCCUCUUCAUCCUCGCCUUUGUUCACCUUUAACUGGGAGGUCCAGACCUUCAUCAUCUCCGAGCGGGUUUACCUGCGGCGCCCGCGCGUCCAGGUGCUCUUCUACGUGUCCGGCCGCGACUGGGACGACUACAGCACGGUGGGCCGGCUGCCCUGCGUGUGUCUGUCGGCCUUCCACGAGACGCAGGAGGCGCGCGGCGUCUGCCAGCUGGCCGGCGACCUGGGCCUGUGCGUGGCCGAGCUGGAGCCGCUGCCCGGCUGGUUCAGCCCGCCCAGCGUGGUGCCCGGGCGCCAGCGGGCCUCCUCGGACCCUUCCGAAGGGACCCCUGUGGAGCUCUACUACCGGCUGCUGGAGCCCAGUCCGGAGGGCGGCUGUGGGGGACUCGGGGGGGCCGAGGACUCGGGGGCCAGGCGGAGGGCUCACCGGCCGGGGCCCGGGGGAGGGAGAGGGGGCUUCAGCACGCCCAUGCGGAGGAUAGGCAAAGUGCGGCUCCACCAGGCGCCCGCGACCCCUCAGCUGGCCGAGCGGCGUCUGGACGGGAACUUUGCGGUGCUGGUGCCGUCCGAGCCCGUCCGGCAGCGGGAGGCGGUGUCGGCGUUCAUUGCCACGGCGCCGUACUCGCCGGUAGAGGCCUUCACGCUCAGGGUGAAGUUAAAAGAGGGCUUUGCCUUUCUGGGGGCGCGGCCGAGCAACCCUACCCUGUGGAUGGUGAGCCAGGACGUCCGCAGCGAAGGGCACAGGGUCGUAACCUUGCACUGCCGCCGCAAGGAGGUCAGCUACGGACAGAGGGUGGAGGUAGGCUGGCAGCGGGUGCUGCAGGUGGAUCUGGAGGUGGAUGCGGUCGCGGGUGGUGUGGCCGCGGCUGCUGCGUUUGGUGCGGCCGGCAGUCACUCCAUCUCCUGGCAGGUGGAGUACCCGCCUGGCAGAGGCCUGGUGCUGGAGGCAGACACCCACCUGCAACUGGCGCAGAGGGAGCUGGGGGGCAUCGUGCCACUGGCCAUGGAAACAGAGAUCUUGAACACGGCGGUCCUGACUGGGAAGACGGUCGCUGUGCCGGUAAAGGUGGUGACGGUGGGUGUGGAUGGCGCGGUGACGGACGUAUCCGACUCGGUGGAGUGCCACUCAACGGACGAGGACGUCGUCAAGGUGUCAGACCGCUGUGACUAUGUGUAUGUGAACGGUAAAGAGCAGCGGGGGCGAGUGCGGAUGACGGUGAACUUCACCUACAGCUACCUGAGCGCCCAGCUGGAGAUGAGUGUGUGGGUCCCACGCCUGCCCCUGCAGAUCGAGCUCUCCGACAACGAGCUCAGCCAGAUCAAGGGCUGGAGGAUCCCCAUACAGGCCAGCAGCAGCCAGCGGUCUGCACGGGACAGUGAUGACGAUGAGGAGGAUGACCGGCGAGGGCGUAGCUGCACCCUUCAGUACCAGAAUGCAAUGCUGCGUGUCCUCACACACUUUGUGGCCGAGGAGGCCCGUGGUCAGCUGACCUACAUGCUGGGCUCUGAUUGGCAGGUGGACAUCACAGGGCUGGUGUGGGACUUCCUGAAGGUGGAGGACCCACGCAUCGUCCGUCUGCAGGAGGGACGCAGGCUGGUGGGAUUAGGUGCAGGCAUGACAGGCAUACAGGUGCUGUCCCCGCUGUCAGACUCCAUCCUGGCGGAGCGUACAGUCGUGCUGGAGGAGAGGGUCAGCAUCAUGGAGCUCGGGCUGCAGCUGGUCAGCGGCCUCUCGCUCAGCCUGCAGCUCAGCCCGGGCAGCAACAGGGCUGUCCUCGCCACGGCAACCACGCAGGAGGAGCUCAGCAACCCCAAACAGGAGGCACUGGUUAGCGUCUGGCUACAGUUCAGCGACGGCUCGGCCGCACCCCUCGACCUCUACGACCCCGGGAGCUUCCAGCUGAGUGCCACGUCCCUGGACGAGACGGUGGUGCAGGUGCAGACCCAGGCGCGGUCACCCGGCACCGGCGUUGGAGACACGGCGGGCACCGAUUCGUUGGCAUCCUCCUCGCGCCACUGGCCGGUCAUCGUGGCGCAGGGCGAGGGGCAGGGCCUGCUGCUGCGGGUGGAACUGAGCGUGCCCGAGACGUGCCAGCGCCACAAGCCGCGCCGUGCCGCCACAUUGGCCUCGGGCACGUGCCAGGUGCGCGUGCGCUUUGGCCCGCCCGAACCCCCCGAGGUGGCCGAGGACAGCGGCAGAGGCGGUGAUGGCGGUCGAGGGCCCCCCAUGAACCGGCCGCCCCAGCGGAGGCCCCCGCCCGUGUCCUCGGCCAGCGUGCACUACGGCAGCUCCGUGUCAGACGCCAGCGACGCCGUCAUGAGGCGGCUCGGCACCACCGCCGCCUCCACCACCAGGACCAACAUCCUACGGAGGCCGGGAGGGGACAAACUGUCGGACGACGGCAGCCAGCUCCCCGUAGACUUUGCUGACUUCCCAGCACAGGUGGACGUGCCGCGAGGACGUAACAUGGACGGCGAGGAUGACGAGGGCCUGACCGACGAAGACUUGCUGCAGACGGCGCGGGGCCUGACCGACCUGGAGAUCGGCAUGUACGCGCUGCUGGGCGUCUUCUGCCUGGCCAUCCUGGUGUUCCUCAUCAACUGCGUCUCGUACGCCCUCAAGUACCCGCACAAGGAGCUGGGAGGAGCCGAGGAGGGGGGCCUGGAGGGGGGGGCGGCGAGGCCUCACGCCCACGACUGGGUGUGGCUGGGCAGCGAGGGCGGCGCCGAGCUGGGCCUCUCCCCGCACCGCGACGAGGACACCGGCCUGGGCGUGCUGGUGAUGGACAGCAGUCUGGGCGCGCUGGAGGAGGGCAGCCAGCUGCUCAACGGCGGAGGGGGCGUCCCGGGGCUACAGAAGCACGUGCAGGGGCAGAUGCGCCGCUCGCCGGACGCCAGCGGGGAGGGCGGCGUGAAGUUCACCACCUUCAGCACGAGCCCCGGGCGGGAUGGGAUCGGGAUCGGGAUCGGGAUAGGGAGCGGGAUCGGGAUCGGAUCGAUCGGAUCGGAUCGGGAGGGAUCGGGAUCGGGAUCGGGAUCGGGAUCGGGAUCGGGAUCGGGAUCGGGAUCGGGAUCGGGAUCGGGAUCGGGAUCGGGAUCGGGAUCGGGAUCGGGAUCGGGAUCGGGAUCGGGAUCGGGAUCGGGAUCGGGAUCGGGAUCGGGAUCGGGAUCGGGAUCGGGAUCGGGAUCGGGAUCGGGAUCGGGAUCGGGAUCGGGAUCGGGAUCGGGAUCGGGAUCGGGAUCGGGAUCGGGAUCGGGAUCGGGAUCGGGAUCGGGAUCGGGAUCGGGAUCGGGAUCGGGAUCGGGAUCGGGAUCGGGAUCGGGAUCGGGAUCGGGAUCGGGAUCGGGAUCGGGAUCGGGAUCGGGAUCGGGAUCGGGAUCGGGAUCGGGAUCGGGAUCGGGAUCGGGAUCGGGAUCGGGAUCGGGAUCGGGAUCGGGAUCGGGAUCGGGAUCGGGAUCGGGAUCGGGAUCGGGAUCGGGAUCGGGAUCGGGAUCGGGAUCGGGAUCGGGAUCGGCGGGAUCGGGAUCGAUCGGGAUCGAGGGGACAUCCAGUGGGUGUGUCGGGGACGUGGAGCUCAACGACUCCAAAGAGCUGCGGAACUAUAUGGAGAGGCUGAGUGACGGCGUGCUAAGAGACGUGGUCUAGUCCUGCUCCUUUUCCUCACUUCUUUUCGUUUCAUUUCUUUGUUUUUCUGUUUCUGUUUUUGGUUUUUUAAGUAUUCGUGCGUGUGCUAAAACUGGACUGAAGUCACCUCUUUGCCUUUUUUAAAAAAAGAAAAAAAUAAGAAGAAAAACACACAAACAUAAGACAUAACAUUCAUUCUCCCUGGGAAGUUUUUAAUUUUCGCAACAGAAAAAUAAUUCUGUCCCAGAACCAUGGUAACAAGAGGGUUUUUUGCCGUCAUGGUUGUUUACUGUGGUUGAC